UACAAGGUUUUUUGUAUACUAGCUUUAUCAACGGUAUCUCUAGAGUACCCUUGAUAGGUUAUUCUUCUUCGUCAACAAAGUAUCUUUUCUUCUGACUCCAUUUUACAAUCUUAUUUUACGAAAAUGAGUUCUCAUGGAAAAGCAGAGACUGACAGACUCAUGAAAAACCUGAAAGAACAACUGAGUCGGCUUGUGCAACAAUUACAAGAUUUGGAAGAUAAUAGAGUUACACUCGAUGAAACAGAUUAUCAUGAGUGUAAAGAAGAUACUGUGCAACAACUCUAUGAAUUCAAUGAAAGUCUACAAAGAAUGAUUUCUGGAGAUAUGACUUUGGUUGAUGAACUUGGUGCGAUACAAUUGGCAACUGAAACAGCAAUCAGCACAGCCUUCAAAACAUCAGCUGUAAGAAGAAUGUUUGAUAAACGUGAGCCGAGUCUACUUAAAGAACAUCUUGCACAAAUUGAUCGUGAUGUGAAACUAGGAAAAUUAAGUAAAGAAACUGCUGAUCAUCAACGUGGAGAGAUCAUGAGUGCUUUGAGGCAACUUGGUGAAAAGUUAGAACCAUCUGAUCUACAGUUGUUGGAACGACUAUCUUUAAGUAAUAUAGAUACUGCCAGGUAUGUGCAAGUCACAGAACCAACAGAAAAGAGUAAAAUGGCUCUAGAUAUAGUAGGUAAGGAAGUUAAAGCUACUCAAGAUGCUUAAACUAUAUCAAAUCCAUUUAGCUGCAAUGUUUGUCCAAUAUUUUUAUACAAUGGACCAUAUUGUUGUUCUACCGCUACUUUUCUAAAGUCUUAUUGAAAUAAUUUCACUGUACAGUAUAGUCUUGUUCUAGAUUUUUUAUUUUUCAUUUCUCGUCAGUUUUUAACAGACGUUUUAUUUGCAAUUUCCAUAAUAUAUAUACAAGUAAUACAUAUUAUCGAUAUUUAAGAUAAAUAUUUACAUUGGCGCGUAAAUUUAAGCGUGCACGCAAAAUAUUUAUGUAAUCAAAUGUAUAUUCUGACUUAUCUAUUGAUACAUUAUAUUUUGUUUAAAUAUAAUAACAAUGAUUGUAUUUGCAAUGAGAAACAAAAAUGACUAUUACAGAAA